AUGCGGGGCACGAAGCUGGAGGCCGACGUCAUAAACUACAACGCUGGGAUCAGCGCGUGCGAGAAGUGCGGGCAGUGGCAGCGGGCUCUGGCGCUGCUGAGCGACAUGUGGGAGGCGACGCUGGAGCCCAGCGUCAUCAGCUACAACGCUGGCGCCAGUGCCUGCGGGAAGAGCGGGCAGUGGCAGCGGGCUCUGGCGCUGCUGAGCGAGGUGCGGGAGGCGAGGCUGGAGCCCGACGUCAUCUCCUACAUCGCUGCGAUUUGCGCGUGUGAGAGAUGCGGCCAGUGGCGGCAUCCGCUGUCGCUGCUCAGCGAGAUGCGGGAGUGCCAUGUGGAGACGGACGACGUCAGUUACAAUGUGUGCGCCACCGCGUAUGAGAGGUCGACCCGCAACUCGGCAGGAUUUCCAGGCUAUCUUGGGAUCGGUCUUUCGCGUUUUCGCGUGUGUUGCGAAGCGCUGUGCGAGUGA